AUAUAGGGGACGCCUCCGCGUGGCUGUACAACGACACCGUCGACAGGGAAGGGAACACGCUGCAAGCGAACCACCUCCUCUCGCCCUCGCUCCCCCUUGCAGAGCGCAUCGGGUGCGGGCUCAUCCCGCUGGAAACGAAAACUGGUAUGUACGCCCCCUCCCGCGCUCCCCUCAGUCACGCACCGGACGGACAGUGGUCGAGUUGGGCGCAGGGUGUGCAUUGCUAUUGCUCCUCACGUCCACCCUCGCCCGCCCGCCUUCCCUCGUCGUGCUCACGGGCUAUCCCGACGCGCCGAUCCUCGCCAACCUGCAGAACCUCGCGCGGAACGCGUCCCGCUUCUCACGGGGGUGCACCGUGCACAGCCGCGGGCAUGAAUGGGGCAAGGAUCCCCGUCCACUCCUUGACGGGCUCGGUGGUGGAGGUGGGUGAGUUGACUCGGAUCAUGUAGGCUACUUUUAGAUAGACAGCCAAGAGAUGCGCGCAAUGUACAGUAGCUUA